CAAACACCAACAAUAACACGGCAUCACCCCGGCUUUCCUAUCCAAACACCCGACUCUUUACCCCAGACAAUAUGGCUGCUCCGUCUACUGCCGCCCUGAGCGCCUACCGCCAGGUCCUUCGUGCCACCCGUGUUGCCUUCCGAGACGACGUCCGAGUCAUGCUUGCCUCUCGUCAAGAAGCCCGUCGCAACUUCGAACAAAACCGCCGUGUCGCUGUUGACACCGGUAUGCAGAUCAACCACGCCAUCGAGGUUGCGAACAUUUUACGCCACAACCUAGUGCAGGGUGCUCGGGAGAAUGGUAACGAGGAUGCCAAGUGGGAACUUCGAAUCCACGACCAGAUCGAGCGCGGCGACAAUGACUCCAUUAAGGUUGCCGGCAAGGACGUUAAGAUUCACAAGGCUUGCUCGUCGUCUUCGUAAGCUACGUUCAACAUCUUGAUAUUGCAUGCUACACCGACUCCAUGACCAUGCAGUGCCACCUAGGCAGCAUACAAUCGGUGGAGGUACAAAUUCGAACCAGCCAAUGAGACUGGAUGUAUUAUAGUAUACCCGAC